GCUACUAAGUCCUGAAGAAGGAAGAUUCCAAAAGUUGAAAAGAAAUUUGACGAUGUAUCAAAAAAAAAUGAUAAUUGAUAACUCUAAACUCAAUAUUGGAGCAACAAAGACGUACAGAAUGUAUAAGGAGAAGGUUGGUGGUUAUGAAAAUGUUGGAGCAACUGUUGGCGACUUCAAAAACUUUGCACGGGAUGUUAGAGCAUACAUUGGAGAACAUGAUGCUGAUAUGUUUAUAAGCACCUUAAGUAGACAAAAGGAGAUGAAUAGUGGAUUUUUCUUUGACUAUGUAGCUAAUGCAAAAGAAGGUUUGCAUAGAGUGUUUUGGGCCGAUGCUUUGUGUAGGAGAAACUACUUUGCUUUUGGAGAUGUUGUCUCGUUUGAUGCUACGUAUGGAACAAACAUGUACAACUUGGUAUUCUACCCAUUUACAGGGAUUGACCAUCAUAAAAGGUCUGUGAUUUUUGGUGCUGCUUUGACAUCAAGAGAAAAUGAUAAUUCUUUUGUGUGGGUUUUUGAAAAAUUCAAACAAGCUAUGGGCAAUAAGGAACCAAACUUUAUUAUCACUGACCAGGAUCCUGCAAUGAAGAAAGCUUUCCCAAAAGUAUUCAAUGAUGCACAACAAAAAUUCUGCAUGUGGCAUAUUAUGGGUAAACUUACUGACAAGGUGGGGAAAGGGAAAGACAUACAGAUUACAAACUCAACUGAUACAGAAGGGUUAGAAGAGUCGGAACCUAAUGACAUGGUGGGGAUAGCUGAACGCAAUAAAGAAAAAUAUUUCCUCAAGAAGAUAAAUGCUUGUGUUUGGGAUAAAGAAUUAGAGCCACAAGAGUUUGUUGAUAAGUGGAAUGAAGUCAUACAAGAAUUCAAUCUACAGCAAAAUAAGUGGCUUAAUGACAUAUUCAACAUAAAGGAGUCUUGGAUCCCAGCAUAUUUCAAAGAGAAACCAAUGGCUGGCUUAAUCAGCACAACACAAAGAUCAGAGAGCCAGAAUAGUUUUUUUGGUAAUUUCAAUAGUCCAUGUGCUACAUUGGUUGAGUUCUGGUUGCGUUUCCAAACGGCUGUACAACAACAAAGACAUGCUCAAAGCAGUUUGAACAAAGAUAACGACACUUCCUACCCUCAACUUAUCACCCCUUGGCCGAUCGAAGCAAGCGUCUCUAAAGUAUACACCCAUGUAAUCUUUUACCUAUUUCAAGAAGAAGUUAGUGCAGCAUGUUUCACAUGUGGUCAUGCAAGGUCUGAAAUUAGGGAUGGAAUGGAAUACAUUACUGUCACUGAAGAUAGAAAGAAGAAGAAUUAUGAGGUCACUUUAGAUCCAAUGACUUUUGAUGCCAUAUGUUCAUGUUCACUAUUCGAGAGGGUUGGAUUGAUAUGUAGGCAUGUUCUUUGGGUUUACAAGGCCAAACAUUUGAAUAAGUUGCCCGAUAAAUAUAUCCUCACUCGAUGGACGAAGGAAGCACACAAAAGUCAUAUUCAUGAGUUUGAUGAAAAUUUUCCUAAAGAUUGUGGAAAGGUAGAAAUGAAGCAGAUAAAAUUAGGUGAAUUGUGGAAUGAAAUAUAUACAACCAUUGGUCUCGUUGAAGAAAGGGAUGAGGAUAUUGAUGCUCUAAUUGAAAAUCUAAGAGGCUUCAAGAAAUCCAUUAAAUCGGGUGAGGAUAAUACGUCAAUGACAAAAGACCAAGUCAUUCAAGAAUUGAUAGGAUGUAGUGCUCCAAACGAGGUAACUAUAAAAGUUCCUGAGAAAGCCAACAACAAGGGUAGGAAGAGGCUCAAAUCUGUGAAAGAAAAGACUAUUGAGAAGCAACAAAAACCACUAAGAAGGUGUCGUCUAUGCAAGAAAAUGGUCAAUCAUGAUGCAAGGAAUUGUCCUUAUCGAAGUCAACAAACUUAAGGAAUAAUGGUGAUAUGCAUGUGACAGAGGAGAUACUGCUCGAGUUGCCAAGGUGAUGCAGUUAAACAAG